AAUCUCAGAAGAAGCGAUUUGAGGAAGAGCUGAAUGAGAGGAUGAUUAGAACAUUCGAUGGGAUCAAUUCUCAAAAACAAUGGCUGAAAUCAGAAGACAUUCAAAGAAUAUCUUUGUUUUUCCAUAAUAAAGCAUUGGAAAAAGAGUAUAGAGCAACAACCCUGCCGGCCUUCAAAUAUUACAUCACCUGUGCCUGCUUGAUAUUCUUCUGCAUUUUCAUCGUUCAGAUCCUGGUCCUGCCGAAAACUGCAAUAUUGGGAGUGUCUUUUGGCAUGGCCUUCUUAAUUCUAUCAGUGAUUCUGCUCGUUUGCUUUAUUGGUCAUUUCUUGCAAUGCAAAAAGACGGCCUCUGCAUCUUGGCUUUGGAUCCUUAGAUCCUCAGGAAUCAUUGCCAGCAAGCCCUGGCCACGCAUCACCCUCACCAUGGCGACCACAGCCCUCAUCCUGAUCAUGGCUGUCUUCAAUAUGUUCUUUAUAGAAGACAACCUAACAUCAAUGGAGACUGUUUAUAAUACAUCAAAUGAGACACUUCUUCAGCCUGACGGACAACCCAUAUCUUACCUGGAC